CUUACUAAAAGAGCGCCUUUUAAUUCUGAGGCUAUGACCUCUGGUCCUAAACUCUCCCACCAGUUGAACCAUCCUUUCCGCAUCCACUCUAUCUAUGCCUUUCAUUAUUCUGUAAGUUUCAAUGAGGUCCCCUCUCAAUCUACUAAACUCCAGUUAGUAGCGACCCAGUACAAUCAAAUGCUUAUAUAUGCUAACCCACUCAUUCCUGGAAUCAUUCUUGUAAACCUCCUCUGUAAGUGUCUGUAAGCAUGCAACAGUCACUGAGCCUCGUGCUGUCAAAGUGCUUGAUGCUUGAUAUUAACAUGGUGACCAGGGCAACAUACCAUAGUUGGAUAGACAGAAAUAAUCCUGUAUGUGGAUUUAUAAAUAGAUCAACAGUUGGUUGUAUUCUCUGUGUUUGUCUUCUGUGAUGGUGGAACCUGUAUAACAGAAGAAGCAUUGAAAGUGACUAUGAAAAUGUCAUUGUACACAUCUCUUGGCAACCUCACGUCAUCCGGUAAACAACGCUGGAUUUGAUGACAAGAAUGGAGCUGUUCCAACACCAAUGGCAAAGAUGUCGAAAAAAUCUGUGUCCGAUGACCUGGCUACAACUUUCAGCUCUCCAGCAGCAUGGUUCCUAGUCGUGGCUUUGAUUGUAACUUGGUCAGCAGUGGCUAUUGUUAUGUUUGACUUGAUGGACUACAAGAGCCUUGUCGCUGACAUAGAUCCUGCCUAUUCUCUGUACUGUGAUGAACCCUGUUUGCCACCUGGGAAGCAACAAGCUGGUGUCGGCAAAGUCCUAAAGGAAGCACAGAGUCCAAGAGGAGGUUUUAAAGAGUUAAGCUCAGAUCCUGCGAAAGUCAUAGAUGAGGCUGUGGAGGAUACCUCAAAUUGGAUCAAUGGUUUUAUAUCUUUACUGUCUGAUACAUUAUCAACAACAGAUGACGAUGUGGAUGAAGGUGAAAUUAAACCUCAGACAAAAAAGAAAGCAGUUCUUCACCCCCCAGCUAAACGAAAAGGUGAAGCUCAUCCGCCAUCUAAAAGAAAAGAGACUAAAAGACUGAAACUUGAAAAGAAGAUUAAAAUAAAAGAAGUGAGACAAAAAGCUCCAUUGAAAGUGGAUAAAAAAGUUAAAGUAUCAAAAGUUAAAGUAUCUAAAGUUGAAGAAAAAGUGAAGAAACCACUCAAAGGCAUAAAGGUGAAGAAAAGGGAGGAGAAAGUUAAGAAACCUGAAAAGAAAACUAAAGAUGAGAUCAAAGUGAGGCCAAAAAUCGAAGUAAAGAAAGAGCAUGUGAAACCCAAGAUCGAGAAAGAACAGAGAGGUAAAAAGAAAGAACAGGAGCCCAGUGUCCGGAAGUCUGAGAAGGCAAGCAAGAAAGAAGUCAAAGUGAAAGUUAUCAAAGAUGUGACGCAAAAAUCAAAGGAUAAAGAUCAAUAUCAGUUCUGUCGUUAUGUGAUUGACAUGUACACUCUUGGGAAUAUUUAUCCAGGCCAUCCAGCAGCUCCUGCAGUCACUCCAGCUCCAGAACUUGUAAAACCUCCUGCAAAGAAAUCUGCCACUAAGAAACCUUCUGGAUCUUCUGUUAAAGAGGAGAAGGACAUUGUUACUGUGAUCAAGCAUGAAGAGAUUGAAAAACCAGAAAAGGUUUCCAAUUUAAAAGAAGCUUCUUCAUCACAAACACCAAAACCAGAACCAGAAAAGGUUUCCAAGUUAAAAGCUUCUCCAUCACAAACACCAAAACCAGUAGAGAAAGGAAAGCCUCGAACUGCAAAAUUAGCAGCAAAACCAGUUAAAGAAAAGCCAAUUACUCCUUCAAAAGAAAUGGCAAAGAAGAAAUUGUCUCCUCCUGCUCUCAAAGAAACAAAAGUUGAACAGAAGGAUGUUGAUCAGGCCACCAAAAAAGCUACAAUGGUGAAACGCAAAACGGCACCUACUGCACCAGAGAAAGUAAAGAAGCAGAAAUCCACUGUUGCUGCCUCUGUUGAAAAAGAGAAAGUAAAGAAACAGAAACCCACCGUUGCUGCCUCUGUUGAAAAAGAAAAAGUGAAAAAACAGAAGUCAGCUGCAGCUGGGAAAGCUAAUCUUACAAAAGAGAAACCUUUGGAAAAAAAGAAGAAGCCUAUAAUAUCAACAAAAGUUAAACCUACUAAAAAACAAGUCUCAGCUAAGUCUACAAAAGAGAAAGUAAAAGAACCAAUGAAGCAAAAACCUGCAGCUCCUGAUGCAACAAAAAAAGAACCGCAGAAGCAGAAAUCUACAGCUUCAGAUACAGCAAAGAAAGAGUCAAAGAAAGAGAAAGCAAAGACUUUAGAAGACAAAGAGUCAAAGAAAGAAAAAACAAAGACUUUAAUAGAGAAAGAAAUUAUAAAAGAAGAGCAUAGAAAACUUUCAACCAAACCAAAGGAGAAAGAAAUUGAAAAAGAAAAGCAGAAAAAACCUUCAACCAAACCAAAGGAGAAAGAAAUUAAAAAAGAAAAGCAGGGAAAACCUUCAACCAAACCAAAGGAGAAAGAAAUUAAAAAGGAAAAGCUGAGAAAACCUUCAAUCAAAUCCAAGGAGAAAGAAAUUAAAAAAGAAAAGCAGGGAAAACCUUCAACCAAACCAAAGGAGAAAGAAAUUAAAAAAGAAAAGCAGAGAAAACCUUCAACCAAACCAGAGGAGAAAGAAAUUAAAGAAGAAAAGCAGAUAAAACCUUCAACCAAACCAAAGGAGAAAGAAAUUAAAGAAGAAAAGCAGAGAAAACCUGCAACCGAUCCAAAGGAGAAAGAAAUCAAAAUAGAAAAGCAGAGAAAACCUUCACUCAAACCAAAGGAGAAAGAAAUUAAGAAGGAGAGAAAACUUUCAACCAAAUUAAAGGAGAAAGAAAUUAAAAUAGGAAAGCAGAGAAAACCUUCAACCAAACCAAAGGAGAAAGAAAUUAAGAAAGAAACACCGAUAAAACGCUUAGCCGAACCAAAGGCAAAAGAAAUUAAAAAAGAAAAGCAGAAAAAACCUUCAAUCAAACCAAAGGAGGAAGAAAUUAAAAAAGAAAAGCUGAAAAAACCUUCAACCAAACCAAAGGAGAAAGAAAUUAAAAAAGAAAAGCAGAAAAAGGCUUCAAUCAAACCAAAGGAGAAAGAAAUUAAAAAAGAAAAGCAGAAAAAACCUUCAAUUAAACCAAAGGAGAAAGAAAUUAAGAAAGAAACGCCGAUAAAACGCUUAGCCGAAACAAAGGCAAAAGAAAUUAAAAAAGAAAAGCAGAAAAAACCUUCAAUCAAACCAAAGGAGAAAGAAAUUAAAAAAGAAAAGCAGAAAAAACCUUCAACCAAACCAAAGGAGAAAGAAAUUAAGAAAGAAAAGCCGAUAAAACCCUUAGCCGAACCAAAGGCAAAAGAAAUUAAAAAAGAAAAGCAGAAAAAACCUUCAAUCAAACCAAAGGAGAAAGAAAUUAGAAAAGAAAAGCUGAAAAAACCUUCAACCAAACCAAAGGAGAAAGCAAUUAAAAAAGAAAAGCAGAAAAAACCUUCAAUCAAGCAAAAGGAGAAAGAAAUUCAAAAAGAAAAGAAGAAAAAACCUUCAACCAAACCAAAGGAGAAAGAAAUUGAAAAAGAAAAGGAGAAAAAACCUUCAAUCAAACCAAAGGAGAAAGAAAUUAAAAAAGAAAAGCAGAAAAAACCUUCAACCAAACCAAAGGAGAAAGAAAUUAAAAAGGAAAAGCAGAAAAAAACUUCAAUCAAACCAAAGGAGAAAGAAAUUCAAAAAGAAAAGAAGAAAAAACCUUCAACCAAACCAAAGGAGAAAGAAAUUGAAAAAGAAAAGGCGAAAAAACCUUCAAUCAAACCAAAGGAGAAAGAAAUUAAAAAAGAAAAGCAGAAAAAACCUUCAGCCAAACCAAAGGAGAAAGGAAUUAAAAAAGAAAAGCUGAAAAAACCUUCAAUCAAACCAAAGGAGAAAGAGCAAGGAAAGCUGAAAAAAGUAAAAUCUGCUACAAUAGCUACAACUAAAGAGGCUGAAACCAUGAAGCAAAUGAAGCCAAAACCUACGGAAAAAGCCAAAAAGCCAAAAGUAAAGAAGGCUGACACUGUGAAACAAGUGAAACCAAAGCCUGCAAAGAAAGCAGGAAAGCCUAAAGUCACAAAGGCAGAACCUGCGAAGCAAGUGAAACGGAAGCCCGAAAAGAAAGCAGAACAACCUAAAGUGACAAAGGCAGAAACGAUAAAGAAAGUAAAACAAAAAACUGCAGAGAAAGAGACCAAAACCAUGAAGCAAAAUAAACCAAAACCUACAACAAAAGGUAAUGGGGCUUCACUUCAUUACCUUGACUGUUAUUACGAUACACUAAAAAGUUGUUGAUAUCAAUUGAAAGUUUCCUAGCUGAGCUCAACUUCAGUAGUCCACUUGUCCCUAAAGAUUGGCACAAGGUAAAUGAGUAGGAAGGGAGGCUAAUGAAUUGGCUGAUUAGAGCUGCUGAGAAUGUUUCUU